CUCUCCCUCUUAUAAAUCAGAGCCAAGCCAAGAGAGCAGAUUUUGUGGAUCAUCAUGUUCAUGUAAUGACUAGUACUAUCUACAUACAUAACAUUACACAGAGUGGAUCAUUUUGAAGAUAUUUUUAAUUCAGUAGCUUAGCAGCCUAGUUUGUGGCAAAUAAUGGGAAGAUCGCCGUGCUGUGAUAAGGAUGGUUUAAAGAAAGGGCCAUGGACACCAGAAGAGGAUCAGAAACUCUUGGCUUACAUUGAAGAACAUGGCCAUGGAAGCUGGCGCUCUUUGCCUGAGAAAGCCGGUCUCCAAAGAUGUGGAAAGAGUUGCAGACUGAGAUGGACUAAUUACCUAAGACCUGACAUCAAGAGAGGCAAAUUCACUGUACAAGAAGAACAAACCAUCAUUCAACUCCACGCUCUCCUCGGAAACAGAUGGUCAGCGAUUGCAACUCAUUUACCGAAAAGGACAGACAACGAGAUAAAGAACUACUGGAACACACACUUGAAGAAACGUCUGGUCAAAAUGGGGAUAGAUCCAGUGACACACAAGCACAAAAACGAGACGCUCUUGUCUUCCACAGGUCAAUCCAAGAACUUAGCCACGCUUAGCCACAUGGCUCAGUGGGAGAGUGCUCGGCUCGAAGCUGAAGCAAGGAUAGCUAGAGAAUCAAAGCUUCUCCAUGUACAGCAUCACCGAAACAACAAACCAGCAGCUCCUGAUUAUUGCUUGGCUCACAAGUCAUCAUCAACAAAUUGGACAAAACCAAACCAAGGAAACGGAGAUCAACAGCUUGAGUCUCCGACGUCGACGGUGACAUUCUCCGAGAAUCUCCCUCUGAUGAUCAUGCAUUUAGGAAUCCCCAUGGAAAACAGAAACAGCAGAGUCGCCGUCUCUUCUUCCACCUCCUCCAUCAAAGAUUCCGACCACGACUGGAUCAAGCAAAUCAACUGUCCAAAAGAAGGAAUCGAAGAAGGAUUCACGAGCCUCCUGCUCCGUGAUUCAGUUGACCGGAGUCUCUCCACCGGUAAAAACGACGAGGCGAUCGCAGAAUCCGUCGCCGGCGCGGUCGAGGUAAACGAGAGUGAGUAUAGCUACUAUGAGGAUAACAAGAACUACUGGAAUAGCAUUCUCAGCUUGGUUGAUUCAUCACCGUCCGACUCUCCGACGAUGUUCUGAUGUCCACAGUGAUUCCGCCAAAUAUUUAAAAAAAUUCUCAGAUUGUUAUGUCGAUAGCUUCCAAUACUUUUUUUUUUUUAAUUUUCUUUACUUUAUUUAUAUAAAUAUAUCAUGGUAUUGUGAUGGAGAACUUCAUGAAAAUGACCAUUUGGCAAUAUAUAUAAUAUUCCUUUGGUU